AUGAGUACUAUACGGAGUGCUAACUCCGGCAUCAGCCCGGCUUUCCUUUCCCUGCAGAUCCUCCGUCAUAGCAGGAAGGACAGCUCAUCAACUACGCCAUAUGACGACAAUUUGUAUUUUGAUCCCUCGGUUUUGGAUAAAAAGGAAUAUGAAGAUUUCUCUCACUUCUUCCAAGUUGAUAUUGUGUUCGGCAGUAGGGAAGAAUUAAUCAACUGGGCGAAAGAAACUGCAGUUAGUCAUUGUCACCGUUUGAUUUGUCAGUCUAGAAGGGAGAAUGCACAGUACAUGACGUGUGACAAAUACGGACAUGGCCGACAAACGAAUAUCGAUGUGGAAGAUCCUAGAAACUCAGGAACAAAAAAAUGUGGUUGUCCGUUCAAAUUGAUUGGCAAAAGGUCAAGGUUUGAUGAAUUAUGGCGGUUGACUGUCAGCGAUGGCAGGCAUAGUCAUCGUCCGACUUUGUUUCCUCACGGACAAGGUACGACUAGUCGUAUAACUCCACAACAGAAAGCAAGAAUUAAAGAAUUGCGAAAUUCUCACGUGAAGCCAAUGCUGAUCAUGGAUAGACUGAGAAAAGAUGAUCCGACGAUACAAACCUCUAUGAAGCAUGUUUACAAUGAGUUGGCCAAGAUUAAAUCUGAGGAAAUGGAGGGCAUGACUGUUAUUCAGUUUAUGAUGCAUAACUUUCAAAAAGGCGAGUAUCGAUAUUGGCAUCGCGUCGAUAGUGAAACGAGCAACACGAUUACAGAUAUUAUAUCCUCCGUCAUAGCAGGAAGGACAGCUCAUCAACUACGGUGUUCUGGAACGGAUCAAUUGGCGCCGUCUGUGGGAAAUCGAGACAAAAAAGUACACUCAGCUAUCAUACCAACUCCUUUCAUGACGUCGACAUCGGAGGUAGCUCGUAACUUAUCAAGCUUGCUGGAGGGGGAGCUAACCCCCCUCCCAGGCCUCACGAGCAAUCAAGAAACCACGGCAGGCGGGCCGUCGGAGGAACCCACUCCAGGUGUCGCCAGCACUACACUGGAAAAAACGGGUACCACUAUAACCCUCACAAUGGAACACCUCCAGGCGUUGAUCUCGGCCGUAGCCCAGAGUAAACCUCCUGAGGUCGGAGGAGGGGGCAACAUGGAAAAGCGAAAGCCGGAGUCGCAGCCAGGGAUGUCGGCGAUAGACGACGAGCUCCUAAUGCUGCCGUCAACCGAAAGUGAGGGAAUGGCGGGCACCCCCUUCACGUCAAGGUUGCAACACGGGGAACUGCCAGCCACCUAUCGACCCGUCACGUAUGAAUAUACCGGAGCCACCGACCCUUGGGAGCACGUCUCUCGGUUCGUCACGUCCGCUUCUCUUCACAGGCUAACGGACGGGGUAAAGUGCAGGGUCUUCGCAACUACCCUCGCAGGCCCCGCGCAGAGAUGGUUCAGCCAGUUACCCCAAGGCUCGGUCGAUGGCUUUACCCAGUUUAGCGAGUUGUUCCUAAACCACUUCGCGAGCUCCAAGAAGCAGAAAAGGAGCACGCUCACCCUGUUCGCAGUACGGCAAAGGGAAGGCGAACCGUUAAGGAACUACGUGCAAAGAUUUAAUGCUGCCACCCUCGAGGUGCCUGUCACUAGUGAAGAGGUGCUUAUCAAUGCGCUAGCCCAGGAGGAGGCCCGCCGCAGCAGGACUUCGGAGCCGGCCCCGACAAAUGACAAACGUAGGGACAAAAAUCGAGUUGAAGUAAAGAAGCAAGAACCCUUCUCGCGCAGAGAAGUGGGCACAGAGCGACGAACGGGACCCCGAUUUGAAAACUACGCACCCUUAAGUACCGCCCCCUCAGAGAUCCUGACAGCCAUCGUAAACCAUCCGAAACUGAAGUGGCCGCGCACCUAUUCGGAAACGCCAAAAAAGCCUGUCAGUGCUGGACCUUAUUGCCGCUUCCACAAUGAGCAUGGGCAUUCCACCGACGAAUGUCAGCAUUUGAGGGAUGAAAUCGAAAGGCUUAUCAGGACAAAGAACCUCUCGGAGUUCGUUGAAAGCGGUCCAGGGGCCACUGCCAAAUACCCGCGGAAAGGGGGGAACGGCGGUGCACAAGCUCCCAACAGGCAGGGAAAAGACGCCGACCUUCAGCCGCCAAACAACUACAUUCACACCAUCUUCGGGGGCCCCGCCGGGGGAGAUUCGAAUAGGUCCCGCAGGGCCCACCUGCGAGAACUGCAGGAGUUAAGAGGGGAGCUCGCAAUGAUGUACAGGGUAUCCGUUGCCCCGCCUAUCACCUUUGGGGUAGAAGAUGAGACAGGAAUACAGCAGCCGCAUAAUGAUGCCCUAGUAAUCACGGCCAUGGUAGCAAACUACGACGUGGCAAGGAUACUGGUGGACACGGGCAGUUCGGCUGAUAUAAUAUAUUACGAAUGUUUCAGGCAAAUGCGGUUGAACUUUGAGGUAAGGAAGGUGGAUACGGCCCUUAUAGGAUUCGCCGGGGAGGUGGUGCAGCCGAUGGGAGAGGUAACCCUGCCGGUAUCGCUGGGAACCGACCCCUUAAAGGCGACGCGAGCGGUAAGGUUUCUAAUCAUCGACGCCCCGUCUACUUACAACAUGAUAAUGGGACGGCCCUCGAUGAACGCAUUUGAAGCGGUUGUGUCCACGUUUCACAUGAAGAUGAAAUUCCCAGUCCUUGAUCGAGUAGGGGAGGUUCGGGGAGACCAGGAGACGUCUAGGAGGUGCUACAAUCAGGCCCUCAGAGGGCAACGACGCAUUAACCCUGUAGGAUGGGAUAAAGGGAACCUGAGACCGGGGAGCGAUGACAUUGGGAGAGCCGAGGAAAAAAGGCCUCGGCUAGACCCGGAAGAAAAGGAAGAGGCCCAUGUCCAACCGAUGGAAGAACUAAAAGUAAUUCAGCUGGACGUAAAUGACCCCACCCGCACUACCAGGAUAGGAACCACGCUUAACGAGGAAAUGAGGGAGGAAUUAACAACCUUUUUACGCAACAAUCAGGACGUAUUCGCAUGGUCCCCCAAGGACCUGAGGGGAAUCGACCCCGCGGUGAUGGUCCAUGAGCUAAACUUGAGGCCGGGAGUGAGCCCGGUUAAGCAGAAGAGAAGGCAUUUCGGGCCCGAAAAGGAUAAAAUUAUCGAGGGAGAAGUACGGAAGCUACUAGAGGCCGGGCAUAUCAGAGAAAUAAAGUUCCCGACCUGGCUGUCCAACGCGGUGCUUGUCAAAAAAGCUGAAGGAAAAUGGAGAAUGUGCAUAGAUUUCAGGGAUCUAAACCGGGCUUGCCCCAAGGAUCAUUACCCGCUCCCGAGGAUUGACCAAUUGGUAGACUCCACGGCGGGAUGCGCAAUGCUGAGUAUGAUGGAUGCCUCGCAAGGCUACCACCAGAUACGACUGAAUGAGGGAGAUCAGUCGAAUGUAAGUUUUGUUACAUCCACAGGAACAUAUUGUUAUGUCGUAAUGCCGUUUGGCCUCAAGAAUGCCGGAGCAACUUAUCAGAGGCUGGUGGAUAGAAUGUUCCGCGGGCAGUUAGGACGGAACAUGGAGGUGUAUGUGGAUGACAUGCUGGUCAAACGUGAGGAGGCCGGGAAUCAUAUCCAAGACCUGAGAGAAACAUUCGGCACACUCCGACGAUACGGCAUGAAGCUUAACCCACUCAAAUGCGCCUUCGGAGUGGAGGCAUGA